GUUCUCUCCUCCGGUGGAUUUGAACGAUUUCUAACAGCGUUUGUACCAUUUUCCGCGAGUGCUGUUUAAAGCGAUUAGCUUUACAGUACGCAUGCAGAAAAAAACACAGCUGUUCAGUAUGGCAACAGUCUAGUUUAAAAUAGCGAAUCUUCAUUUUAUGAGAGAGGGGGGCAUUGCAUUUUACUUGGUGGAGGACGUAAAUAUGCCUUCAGUGCGGCGUAGUGGUUCGCACUAUAUUAAUAGAAAUAAAUGAGCUGUAAUGACUGAAAAAUCAUAACUUGACUAAAUCGGGGGCAACACACUUUAGCGAAAAUGGGAUUCCUUCACCAGCUUCAUCUUCUCUUGUGGAAAAAUGUUUCCUUGAAGCGAAGAGGACCGUGGGUGCUGGCCUUUGAAAUCUUCAUCCCCCUCGUCCUCUUCUUCAUUCUGCUUGGGCUGCGGCAGAAGAAACCGGCCAUCCCCGUGAAAGAAGCCUUCUACAGUGCAGCCCCCCUCACCUCCGCGGGACUCAUUCCCAUCAUGCAGUCGCUGUGUCCCGACGGCCAGCGCGACGAGUUCGGCUUCCUGCAGUACAAGAACUCCACAGUGACUCAGCUCCUGGAGCGGAUCAGUGAGGUGGUAGAGCAGAACCAUCUCUUCACCUCAGAACGUCCAGGCCUGGGGGAGGAGCUGGAAUCCCUGCAGCAUCACCUGGAGAGUCUGAGCUCCGCCCCCAGCCCCCUGGACCCGCAAUUCAACAGCAGCCAAGGUUUUACUGUUGGAAGUGUGCUGAAGAAUCAAUCGGUAUUUCAGCAAUACCUGGUCAGGAACCUCUCUCUGUCCAAUGACAUAGCCGGCCUCCUGCUUUCCUCUCCUGUCAAUGUCAAAGAGAUGUACAGCCUCAUUUUUGGCUCUUAUCCGGGGCCGGGAGGGGGUUCCGGGCCGUCCGAUGGGAGGCGGGAUGGUCACGGCCCAAGGGAGAAGAUCCUGCAUCUGCAGGAGCAGCUGCUGGGGGGCUGGCACAGUCUGGAGGGGGAUCUGAUCCACAAGGCGCUGAAGGACCCAGCCAAGGGGGCUCACAGGCAGGCCCUGUUCAAACUCAUGUCCCAGGCCCUGGGCCUUGCCGCAGGGGAGGGAGACCAGAGCUACGACCCCCAGGGACUGCGUGAGAUGGAGGGGGUUCUGUUGACUGGUGCCAUGCUGGAGUUACUCACCUGUGGGGAGGGCGGGAAUGCCGAGCUGAGCAAGAUCCUAUUGGUUCCUGAGAAGCAGCAGUCCUUACUGCAGGCCUAUCGCAGUGCGGUUUGCGGUGGGGGGGAGGGGCAGCGGGCUGAGCGCUUUGGCGAGAUGAGCCAAGAGCUUAGAGACCAGAUAGACACUCAGGCCAUCAUUGAGAAGCUGCGCCUGGAGCAGUUCAACUCCUCCGCCCUGGCCCCCCAGUCCCACCUGGGCGCCCUGCUGAAGGACCUGGCUGACGUGGAGAGGCUGCUCCGAGACGUGGACCUUCUUUCCGGCCUUGCCCGCCUGCUGCCCAAAGGAGCCUGCGCUGGUCACCAGGCCCCGCCGCCCGCCAACACCACCGCCCUGAGCCCCAACGCCACGGCCUGGGGCUGCAACGCCACGGACGCCCCCGGGGGGGAGGGCGAGGGCGAGGCUCCGCCCGAGGCCGAGGGCGAGAACCCGCGCUCGCAGUUCUCCGCUUUCGUGCAGCUGUGGGCGGGGCUGCAGCCCAUUCUGUGCGGCAACAACAGAAUCAUUGAGCCAGAGGCUCUGAAACAGGGCAACAUGAGCUCUUUGGGCUUCACCAGCAAGGAGCAGCGGAACCUGGGCCUCCUGGUGCACCUGAUGACUACAAAUCCCAAGAUCCUCUACUCCCCCAUUGGCUCGGAGGUCGACAAGGUUAUUCAGAAGGCCAACGAGACAUUUGCCUUUGUGGGGAACGUGACGCACUACGCCCGCGUGUGGCUCAACAUUUCAGCCGAGCUCCGGGCCUUCCUGGAAGAAGGGAAGCUACACAACCACAUGGCCUGGCUGCAGCAGCUGACAUCUGAUCUGCGCAGACACCCGGAACUGCUAAACGCCUCAGACAGUGAGCUGAUACGCAGUGUGUUGGAGGGGAACUUCACCCUGCCUAACACCACCACCCUGCUGGAGCAGCUGGACACCAUCGACAAUGCUGCCUGCGGCUGGACGCACUUCAUGUCCAAGGUCAGUGUGGACAUCUUCAAGGGCUUUCCUGAUGAGGAGAGCAUCGUGAACUACACCCUAAACCAGGCCUACCAAGACAAUGUGUCUGUGUUUGCCAGUGUGAUAUUCCAGACCAACAAGGAUGGCUCCCUGCCCCCCCACGUCCUCUACAAGAUCAGGCAGAACUCCAGCUUCACAGAGAAGACCAAUGAGAUCCGCCGAGCCUACUGGCGCCCUGGGCCCAACACUGGGGGGAAGUUCUACUUCCUGUACGGCUUUGUGUGGAUCCAAGAUAUGAUGGAGAGAGCUAUCAUCAACACGUUUGUGGGCCACGAUGUGGUGGAACCGGGGAACUAUGUCCAGAUGUUCCCCUACCCCUGUUACACCAGGGACGACUUCCUGUUUGUGAUAGAGCACAUGAUGCCCCUCUGCAUGGUCAUAUCCUGGGUCUACUCUGUGGCCAUGAUGAUCCAGCACAUCGUGGCUGAGAAGGAGCACCGCCUCAAAGAGGUGAUGAAGAUGAUGGGGUUAAACAAUGCGGUUCACUGGGUGGCUUGGUUCAUCACAGGGUUUGUCCAGCUGUCCAUCUCUGUGACCGCAUUGACAGCCAUCCUCAAAUAUGGCAAGGUGCUGUUUCACAGCGACCCCUUCAUCAUCUGGCUCUUCCUCACCGUCUACGCCAUCGCCACCAUCAUGUUCUGCUUCCUGGUGUCGGUGAUCUACUCCAAGGCCAAGCUGGCGUCUGCCUGCGGGGGCAUCAUCUACUUCCUCAGCUACGUGCCCUACAUGUACGUGGCCAUCCGGGAGGAGGUGGCCCACGACAAGAUCACCGCCUUCGAGAAGUGCAUUGCGUCACUCAUGUCCACCACCGCCUUCGGGCUGGGCUCCAAGUACUUUGCUCUCUAUGAGGUGGCUGGGGUGGGCAUCCAGUGGCGCACCAUCAACCAGUCGCCAGUAGAGGGUGACGACUUCAACCUGCUGCUGUCCAUGGUGAUGCUGAUAAUCGAUGCCAGCGUUUACGGAGUGCUCACCUGGUACAUCGAGGCGGUGCAUCCAGGGAUGUACGGCUUGCCCCGGCCCUGGUACUUCCCCCUGCAGAAGUCCUAUUGGCUGGGGAGCGGGCGCGUGGAGACGUGGGAGUGGCCCUGGGGUGGAGCAGCUCGGCUCAGUGUGAUGGAGGAGGACCAGGCCUGCGCCAUGGAGCACCGCCGCUCGGAGGAAACACGUGGUAUUGAAGAGGAACCCAGCCACCUGCCUCUAGUGGUGUGCAUUGACAAGCUAACCAAGGUGUAUAAGACAGGCAGCAAGCUGGCCCUGAACAAACUGAGCCUUAAUCUUCACGAGAACCAGGUCGUCUCUUUCCUAGGACAUAACGGCGCCGGAAAGACUACCACCAUGUCAAUAUUGACGGGCCUGUUCCCGCCCACCUCUGGCUCCGCUACCAUCUACGGGCACGACAUCCGCACGGAGAUGGAGCGGAUCCGGCAGAACCUGGGCAUGUGCCCGCAGCACAAUGUCCUGUUUGACAAGCUGACCGUGGAGGAGCACCUGUGGUUCUACUCCCGGCUGAAGGGCAUGGCCGAGGAGGACAUCCGCAAGGAGAUGGACAAGAUGAUCGAGGACCUGGAGCUGUCGAACAAGCGGCACUGCCUGGUGCAGACCCUGUCGGGGGGGAUGAAGAGGAAGCUGUCUGUGGCUAUCGCCUUCGUGGGGGGGUCCCGCGCCGUCAUCCUGGACGAGCCCACGGCCGGGGUGGACCCCUACGCCCGGCGGGCCAUCUGGGACCUCAUCCUCAAAUACAAACAGGGCCGCACCAUCCUGCUGUCCACUCACCACAUGGAUGAGGCCGACCUCCUGGGCGACCGCAUCGCCGUCAUCUCCCACGGGAAGCUCAAGUGCUGCGGCUCUCCGCUCUUCCUCAAGUCCACCUACGGAGACGGAUACAAGCUCACCCUGGUCAAGAAGCAGAGCGACUCUCAAGGAAACGACCCAGGCAGCCAGCCCCCGCCCGUGGUGUCCCAGUCCUCUCCCCCAGCCCCACCGCCCUCCUCCCUGUCGCCCUGCUCCGAGGCCCACGUCACCCAGUUCAUUCGGCAGUACGUGGCCUCCUGCAUGCUGGUGUCCGACACCAACACCGAGCUGUCCUACGUGCUGCCCUCCGAGGCGGUGAAGAAGGGAUGCUUCGAAAGGCUCUUCCAGGCCCUGGAGCAGAGUCUGGACAGCCUAGCCCUCACCAGCUUUGGGGUGAUGGACACCACGCUGGAGGAGGUCUUCCUCAAAGUGUCUGAGGAAGACCAGUCUCUGGAGAACAGCGACGCUGACAUGAAGGGUUCGCCUGGCUCCUCCGUGGGGAAGCCCUCUUCUCCUGUGGCGGGGACGCAGUGUGAGGUGCAGCCACAGGGGGGGAUUGUGCGACCGGAGGUGGAGCUCAGUAACCUGGUCAUGUGCUCCCGGCUCAGCCAAAGCCAGGGGUCGCUGCGCUCCGGCUCCUCUCUGGGCUCCGUGCGGGGGGACGAGGGGGGGCUCUACGCUGACUUCUACGGAGACUACUGCCCCCUCUUCGACAACGGCCAGGACCCCGACUCGGCCAGCCUGCAGGCGGAUGCUGAGAACCCCUCCCCAGAGACGGUGGUGUUGGAGGGUCAAGGCAGCUUCGAGCUGGAGGGCUGGUGGCUCCGCCUACGCCAGUUCCACGGCCUCAUCGUCAAGAGGUUCCACUGCGCCAAGAGGAACACCAAGGGCAUGUUCUCCCAGAUCCUGCUCCCGGCCUUCUUCGUCUGCGUCGCCAUGACUGUGGCUCUUUCCGUGCCCGAGAUCGGAGAUCUGCCACCUCUGAUCCUGUCCCCCUCCCAGUACCAUAACUACACCCAGCCCCGGGGAAACUUCAUCCCCUAUGCCAACGAGGACCGGGCGCAGUACAGGAGCAAGCUGUCCCCAGAUGCCAGCCCCCAGAAGAUCGUCAACACCCUGCGCCUGCCCUCGGGCGUGGGGGCCACCUGCGUCCUGAAGACGCCCUUCAACAGCACGCUGGAUCAGCUGGCUCAGACCCUCAACCCCAGCGCCAACAACUCCAAGACCCUGGCCGCCCGAUACUUCGACUCCAUGUGCCUGGACUCCUUCACCCAGGGCGUGCCCCUGUCCAACUUCGUGCCCCCUCCCCCCUCGCCCGCCCCCUCAGACGACCCCGACCCGGGGUUCGAGGAUGGACCCUGGAACUACACCGCCGGCCCGUCCACCACUGUGCGGGAGAUGGUGACGUCGGCCCCCGCGCUGCCCCUGUCCAUCCGCGAGCCAGUGCGCUGCAUCUGCUCCAUGCAGGGCACGGGCUUCUCCUGCCCCAGCGGCGUGGGGGGGCGGCCCCCCCUCAUGAAGGUGGUCACGGGGGACAUCCUGGUGGACGUCACGGGCCGAAACGUGUCCGAGUACCUGCUGUACACGUCCGACCGGCUGCGGCUGCACAGGUAUGGUGGGCUCACGGUGGGGAACAUCCAGAAAUCUAUCCCAGCGUCCUUUGGUAGAAAGACUCCGCCCAUGGUCCGCAAAAUCGCCGUGCGGCGGUCGGCACAGGUGCUGUACAAUAACAAAGGCUACCACAGCAUGCCCACCUAUCUCAAUGUUCUGAACAACGCCAUCCUGCGUGCUAACCUGCCUGCCGGAAAGGGCAACCCUGCUGCAUAUGGGAUCACAGUGACCAAUCACCCCAUGAACAGGACUAGUGCCAGCCUCUCUUUGGACUAUCUACUGCAGGGCACAGACGUGGUGAUUGCCAUAUUCAUCAUUGUGGCCAUGUCCUUUGUGCCGGCCAGCUUUGUGGUGUUUCUGGUGGCAGAGAAAUCCACCAAAGCCAAGCACCUGCAGUUCGUCAGCGGCUGUGACCCCGUCAUCUACUGGCUGGCCAAUUACAUCUGGGACAUGCUGAAUUACCUGGUGCCAGCUACCUGCUGCGUCCUGAUCCUGUUCGUGUUCGACCUGCCCGCAUACACCUCCCCCACCAACUUCCCAGCAGUCCUCUCUCUCUUCCUCCUGUAUGGUUGGUCAAUUACACCCAUAAUGUACCCGGCCUCCUUCUGGUUUGAGGUGCCCAGCACAGCGUACGUCUUCCUCAUCGUCAUCAACCUCUUCAUCGGCAUCACUGCCACUGUGGCCACCUUCCUGCUGCAGCUCUUUGAGCAUGACAAGGACUUGAAGCUUGUGAACAGCUAUCUCAAGUCCUGUUUCCUCAUCUUCCCCAACUACAACCUGGGACACGGUCUGAUGGAAAUGGCUUACAAUGAAUACAUCAAUGAGUACUACGCCAAGAUAGGUCAGUUUGACAAGAUGAAGUCCCCAUUCGAGUGGGACAUCGUCACCCGGGGGCUGGUUGCCAUGACCAUUGAAGGCUUUGUGGGUUUCUUCAUCACCAUCAUGUGCCAGUACAACUUCUUGAGGAAACCGCAGAGGAUCCCUGUCAGCAGCCAGCCCGUAGACGAUGACGACAUGGACGUGGCUCGAGAGAGGCGGAGGGUGCUGAGGGGGGACGCCGACAACGACAUGCUGAAGAUCGAAAACCUCACCAAGGUGUACAAGUCCCGGAAGAUGGGGCGCAUCCUGGCUGUGGACCGCCUGUGUUUGGGGGUGCGUCCGGGGGAGUGCUUCGGUCUGCUGGGGGUGAACGGAGCGGGGAAGACCACCACGUUUAAGAUGCUGACCGGUGACGUGAGCACCACUGGGGGAGAGGCCUUCAUUGGGGGACACAGUAUACUGCGGGAGCUUUUACGGGUACAGCAGAGUAUUGGGUAUUGCCCCCAGUUCGAUGCCCUGUUCGAGGACCUCACGGCCAGGGAACACCUGGAGCUCUAUACCCGGCUCCGAGGAAUUCCCUGGAAGGACGAGGAGAGAGUUGUGCAGUGGGCUCUAGAGAAACUGGAGCUGUCCAAGUAUGCGGAUAAGCCAGCAGGGACCUACAGCGGGGGGAACAAGCGCAAGCUUUCCACUGCCAUCGCCCUAAUCGGAUACCCCUCCCUAAUCUUUCUGGAUGAGCCCACCACAGGUAUGGACCCCAAGGCCCGUCGUUUCCUCUGGAACCUUAUCCUUGACAUCAUCAAGACGGGACGCUCCGUGGUGCUGACGUCACACAGUAUGGAGGAGUGUGAGGCUCUGUGUACCAGGCUGGGUAUCAUGGUAAACGGGAGGUUCAAGUGCUUGGGCAGCAUUCAGCACCUGAAGAACAGGUUUGGGGACGGGUACAUGAUCACGGUGCGCACCAAGACUAGCGGCAGUGUGAAAGAGGUGGUGAGGUUCUUCAACAGGAACUUCCCUGAGGCCAUAUUGAAGGAGCGGCACCACACUAAGGUGCAAUACCAGCUCAAGUCGGAGCGCAUUUCUCUGGCUCAGGUCUUUAGUAAGAUGGAGCAGGUGGUGGAAGUGCUGGGCAUAGAAGACUACUCUGUUAGCCAGACCACACUGGACAAUGUUUUUGUCAAUUUUGCCAAAAAGCAAAGCGACAACCUGGAGCAGCAAGAGAGUUCUCCCUCUGGAGGCGGCCAGUCGCCACUACAGCGCAUACUGAGCAUGCUCAGACCUCGGCCUGCUAACACAGAGCUGAGCGCCCUCGUCAGCGAGGAGCCAGAGGAGCUGGAGAGCGACGAUGAUGAAGGACUGAUCAGUUUCGAAGAAGAAAGGGUGCAGCUCUCUUUCAACACAGACACUCUCUGUUGAGCAACGGACUCUAGCAGACUAAAGAGAGAUGGAGAGAACAUGACCCACUGCACAGGGAUCUGUUUGACUCCUGAUCGAGAGAGGGAAGAUUUUGGGCGUGAGCCAGAGGACAAACCAGGGUUUCUUUCAGCCCUAGAGGGGAGUCCUGCUGUCUGUUUGGGAAAGCGGUGCUCUGUUUCUCUGCGAAAUGUCAAAACCUUUGGAGAAACGGGAGACGCUCGCUGGACACAGUCGUCAGAAGGAGAGAUGCACCGAAGAGCAGGGAACUGGGGGGAGGAUGGGCGCCCAAAUUCAGCCUCUCUCUAACCCCCCUCCCCCUCCUCCUCUUCCCAUCCACACCCAUAGUAGGGGAUGUGGACAAUGGGAGCACCCUAGCUCUGGUUAUUUUCUGCUACCGCAACAAUGCUUAACGGGAUGUUUUGAAUCUGUGUUCGACUUUAGAAUUUUGUUGGAGGGAUGGUAUGAUCACAGUUGGAAUGCAGGAAGAAGAUUGUGUUAAAGGAAUUUUUCAGGGGUUAGUCAAGGGAAAUUUGGGUUGUUUUAUUACUAUUAUUUGUAUUAUUAUUUACAUCUUAAUGGCCACUGAUGUGACAGAAUAACAUAUCAUUCUCCUUAAGCAAGACCACAUUAGGCUCAGCCUGAUAAUAUUGAUGAAUGUAAAUUCAUUUAAAGAGAGGUAUAAUUAGUUUUCCGACCAAUGUUAGUCCCUAUUUUGCCUGGGUUGCCAGACUCACCCCAUAUUGAGUUGAAAAUCAUAUCUAUGUUUGAAAAUGAUUCUUGCCUUUUAAGCAUGCUCUAACCUUGAACUCGCUUGGAGAAAUGAGUCAAAAAUGGUGCAGUGUAUCUUUUUCUGUGGUGAGAAAUGUGAUUUAUUUUUAUCUAAGGAAGCAUCUUUGGUUGGAUGUCUUUAUUUAAUGAAAUACUGAUUGUUAGUGGUAAUGUACUUGUGCACCUUCAGAAUUGGAAAGUGUCGGCAUGUUGGUUUGAAAUUGCAAUUAUUUUAUUUUAUUAUUUUUUAGUUUAAUUUCUCUGUGGGAACUUUGCUGCCCGUAACUUGAACACUGAUGUGGUUGUAAAAAGAAAACCUUGCUUUAAGGCCAGUUGGCAUGCCCAGUGGUAGAAUAUAAAUUACAUGAAUAUGGGUUCUGCGAGAACAUAGAUGGGUGCCCCUUAAACUUAAGCUCCCCGUUACCGGUUUAUGGUUCCUGCACUCAACAACUAAUCCAGAUUCAUCUGGCACAACCCUCAUAUAAACUAACACUCAUCCACAGUCAAUAGUUUGAGACAGAAUUGAUAUACUCUUUAUUUUAUCUUUGAGUAAAUCAAACUGCAUUCUUCCUUUUUUAGUAGUCUCUUAAAUCUGCAAUGAUGUAGUUUCUGUUUAUGAAAUCCCACAUAAAUAUAUAUUUUUAAAGGUACUUUGCAGGGUACUUGAACAAUGUUACUAUAUGGCUGUGGGGUACAUUGAAGUGCAGUAGAUUUAAGGUUCAUUCCAAACUAUCAACCUUGUUUUAAUGAUAAGUAUUCUGUGUUACAUCGCUGUGAAUCACAAAGUGAGAAGUUUGUGAUUCUCAUCAGAUGUUCAGGCUCUAUGCAUUAGCCCUGAUGAGCCACACAGGCAGAACAUGGGGGCUCUUUUCAAAAUAAUAAAAUACACAAAUAUAUGGCAGGAAAAAUGGAAGAGAAACACCCUGCUAAAUUCCAGUGCACUUGUCCUUGCCAAGGGUCUACAACCUGGAAAUUUGCACUCAGCCUUUAUAAACUUUACUGUUUUUGCUUUAUAAAGUGGUGUAGAGUUUUUAUUGGUGAAGUUUACAUGAGCACUUUUCUUGAGUAAUGCAGUUGCUUUAACGCCUUUUGGUCUACAUGAGGUAAAAACAUAAAGUUUCCACAAAAUCUCCCAUCAUUACAGUACCUGCAAUUCCAAUAUACUGGUAGUUGCCCACAUAUUAAACAUGAAUAAUAGUUAAUUAAUUCAUUUUUAGGUUAAACACUUGCCUCCACUUACAGUUACAACACGUUUUUUUUCCUGCCUUUCUCUUUUGCCUGAUAAUUGUUUUUGUUGUUGUUUUUUGGGGGUGGGGUGGGCGGUUUUCCACCUGGGAUUUUAUUAUACGAGGGAGUGAAAGACAGCAGCGUUGAAUGUGCAUUGCAUUUUCCCCAAACGCACAGAAAGGAGAUUUCUGAAAACCUGAAAGAAUUUAUCUUUUUUUUUUCAACAAAAUUGAUGUGUAUGACCAAAGGGAAGUUGUGCUCAUUCUUAAAAAUGAAUGACAAAAACUAUGCUUGAAUGUUAAAAAAAAAAAAAACUUUGCAGAAGGUUUCAUAAACUUUAAAAAGAAAUUGUCACAGUUUUGUUUUCCUCUUGUCAAAAUUGUCAAAUACUUGUGUUGCUGUUGUAAAUAAUUUUGAAAAGAUAAGACUAAUGGUGGUUUACUUGAACCCUGCGUGGACAUUAACAUUUGAACCUUUACUCAGUUACUCAUGACCGUUAUGCUCCGUUUUGAUCAGAGCUCUGUGAACCUCUGUGUUACAGUGAUGUAGUCCUGACCCCCCUAGGAUGGCCUGGAAUAUUCCCCCCCUCUCCCCUAAAGGCGUUUACUCUAUGUUACCGUGGAGAGCUUCAUUCAAUAACACUUAAAAUAACACUGGGUGCUUUUCAGAGUAAUUUCAGCUUCAGAAACCGAUAGUCGCAGCAAAUCAUGGAGUAAAUCUAUGACCGAGAAGACCAGACACCAGCAGUUGUACACUGGGUCAUGUGAUUGAUUAGAAACCACAUGCAGUGAUUGAUGUCAUCCAAAAGAUAAAUACAGUUUUUCCCCUCUGGAGCCGAAUGCUUUGGAAUGUAUCCUUACAUACGUGUGUAUAUGAAUAUAAAUAUAUUUAUAUUUAUAUUUUAUGAAUAUAUGUCUUAAGAUUUUUUCUGCUGUAAACUACUGUUCUCACGUAAUAUUUUGACUUGAAAUUUUGGGCUCGUUUCUGAUUGGGUCGUUUGUUGUUUCCAAGCUCUUGUGCUCCAGCUGAAGUGAUCUGAUAUUUUUCAAGUUAACAAAAGGAAAAAAAAGAAAAAAAAACAUGGAUAAAUAAAAUCAGGUAUGAGUUUAA